UGAAUGCCCUCUAGAUUGAAUUGUAUAUGUUUUGCAACUUUUGCAUGCAUUUAUUCAAUAGUAGAUGUUAUACUGCCGAUAAGAAAGUGUUUGCAAGUGGUGUGGCAGGUGAAUUAUGAAUUGAAAUAUUUCGAGAGUACAGGAUCAAGAUUCUGAUUCUGGAAUAGAUUACUCGCAGCAAGACAUGAACUGAGCAACAUGAACGAACGCAUUCCAGUACUUGUUUGUUGAGAGGAUGCAGCAGGGUGCGAUUUCUGGUGGUGGAUGGGCUCGCGGUGGUGCCUCGGAAGUAGUUCGUAGAGCUCAUCCUGCUUCUGGAGCUCAAUGGAAUGUCCAGGUGGUUAGAGGGAAGGUGAAUGGAAGGUGUCUGUGGAACGCAUGCAAAGCUCUUAGUUUGGGAUUGUUGCUGAUGGUGUUGGGAGCUGCAAUGGCUACUAUAGGUUAUUACGCAGACCAUUUAUCAGAUUACACGGAACCGAGAGAGAAUUUCACCAUUUUUGCUAAAAAUGAGACCACCAAGAGCUUCCACCUGAAUAAUCUCUCAUAUGCAGGACCCAUUGUGAUGGGAGUCGGAGGCUUCAUAGUAGUCGCUGCUUGCGUUAUGACUUUCGAAGCCAGAGACUCAGCUGCCAAAGUUGUACCUGCCCGCUUCAAGAUGAGUACCACCAUACCACAAGCAAGUGUUUGCACAGCUCACAGUGGUUACAGUAGACAUGGAUCACUGAAAACAUCAGGGGUUCAAACAACUUCCGCAAGUCAGCAUUCACAUUGCCAUCCCGGUGACAGAAGGGCGUUGACACAGUCAUUUGUCAGUUUUUCAAGAGGACUUGUUCUAGAUAAUCAAACAAAUAAAAUGUUGCUCAAGGUCCCACAGGGUUCCAUCAAUAGAAGUCCAUCCGCUCCUGAUCUUGCUUUGGAACGAGCUGGUAGCAAUGAACAAUCUACCUCACCAGUUCUGAAUCAUCCUCAGCCUCUAAAAGCUGCAACAGCGAGAAAACCAAAGACAUUCGCAGCGUGCUCUUUAUUGAACCCUGGUUUAUUGCACAGGCAUGCACUAUCUGUAGAUGAAACAGCUGGAAAUUAUAGGAUAAGUACGGAGUCUCUACAUCCAAGUGGCAGCCAUGGCUCCAUGACGAUGGAUCUUCAUUGUGAAUGCCCCAUCACCUUGAAGAUCAGUGAUAAACGACGGAACCCCCUGAAAAGACAGAGACGAGUCGAUGAUGAUGGUAGUAUUUCCAAUGAAAACAGUUUCAGGAGAAGCUCGCAUACUUGUUCAGUCAGAGGAACAUCAUCUCAUUCCUUGAGGGAAGCUACGUCAAAAGGUGGAUCAGCUCACCAACUUCCCACCCUCUAUUCACACUGCCCUCCAUCUAGACGGAGAAGUUCGAAUGCUUCAGAUUGCACGCAACGAGCCAGGCUCCAGAAAAGAGAAUGUGGUAAAUCACGUGGCCAUCUAGAAAGGACAAUCAGUUCAGAUUCCCGACUCACCGGAGCCAUUCCCAAAUAUCAUCAUACUGCUCAGCAAAACGUACAUCAUAUUCCAAAGCAUAAUACUGAUCCUACUUCCCAAUUACCCACCGAGGACCAAGGACAGUGAGAUGAGACAAUCUCCGUUGAUAUUAGAUAAUAAUUAUGAUAGAUUUAUGUCCCAUCCAUUUGAUCAAUUAUUACUGGCUGUUGGUCAUUUUGUUGUUGUUCUUGUGAGGUAAUAAUGUAAAUCAUCCAUCAAGUUCCCUCUUGUCAAUAUUCAAUAAUGUACUCAAUGGAAAUCAAGAAUUUGAUAGAAGAUUUGAAAUAUGUACCUCCAUUAUUCAUUAUCAUUGUUAUACAGGGUUGAACAUAGUUUAGAUAUCUACUUCUGUAUAGGAAAUUGAAAUUAUGCAACUUCCACUUGAGAUAAUGUACUGACUCCAAACAACUCGGUCUCUAUUUAAUUGAUAAGAAAUCACGAGAUGAUUGAAUACACAUUAGUAGUUGGUAUAAGUGUGUAAGAAUCAAUAUUGUUAAAAAAACCUUGUGUUUUUAUCAUCCAGAGAAUCAAUAUGAAUCAA